AGGUGCGGACGGCGUUCCAGCUGCGGCAGAUCGGGCCCCUCAAGCUGGUCCCCGACGUGCCCACCGCCGACUCAGAUUUACAGAUCUGUCAACAUAGAGCACCAACAUGUUGCACCAAAAAAAUGGAAGAAAGCUACCAGGCUGCUGUUCGGAGGGAGAGGACGCAGAGCAUCCAGGCGCUGAACUUCGAACUGAAGUACAUGAUUGUUGGUCAUAUCACAGCCUUUCAAGAGGCCUUUGAGUCUUUGCUUCGCUUUGCUGAGAAUCGCACAAGUUCCCUGUUUGAGACAGCUUACAGACCUAUGGCAAAAGAAGCAGCAGAGCCGGUUAAAGAACUGUUCACAGACCUCUCCCUCUACAUCCUGGGCGCAGACACUACUGUGGAAAGUGCAGUGCUACGGUUCUUCGACAGCCUCUUUCCUCUGGUGUACAGUCGGCUGAUAAACCCAGGAAUUACAGAUUUAUCAGAGGAGUAUACAGAGUGUCUACGGCUUACGAGGCAAGACGUAAAUCCUUUUGGACGCUAUUCCAAGAGUAUGGUUACGGAGCUGUCAAAAUCUCUUUGGGCCAGCAGGAUGCUAAGCCAGGCCCUCAGCAUGGGCAUCGAGGUGAUAAAUACUACUGAACACGCGGCUCUUACGAAGGAGUGCAGCAGGGCGCUGGUGAGGAUGCAGUACUGCCCACACUGCCAGGGCCUGACGCUCAUCAGACCCUGCGCGGGGUACUGCCUGAACGUGAUGAGGGGCUGCUUGGCCAGCGUGUCGGAGCUGGACGCGCAGUGGAGGGAGUAUAUCUCCACGCUGGAAUAUCUGACUAACGAAAUGGCCGCGUCGCAUGACCUGGAAACGGCGCUGACGGGAAUCCGGAGCUCGGUCAACGAAGCCAUCCUGCACGCGCAGCUGAACGGGCCGCAGCUCUCUGCCACGGUUGAUAAAGUGUGUGGACAGCCCAAACAAGAAGAAGGGAACCUGUCGUCAGACAACAUAGCACCAGUGAAGGCAGUGACUGAAACACAGGUGCUCAUGAUGGCACACACUAGUCUGAACAGUAAGAGAAGUUCUCUGCCUCUGAAAGCUUCAAAGAAUGACAAAUCGAGAAGUUUGAAAAAAAUCUCUCGAGAGUUCAUCAACUACAUGAAGCGAUCCCGAACCUUUUAUGCCUCUAUAGCAGAAAGGCUGUGUGAUGGAGACCUGGUGAUGAGAGACAGUUCAACUUGCUGGAAUGGAGAGGAUGUUGUGGAAAGUUAUACCAACAGAGUUGUUUCCAAUGGACUGAAGGCACAAAAUAAUAAUCCAGAAUUGAGAGUCAGAGCACUAGACCCACUCAUCAGCAAUUUAAUCGAUAAGCUUCAGCACUUUAAUCAACUGGAUGCUGAGAAGGCAAAAUUAAAACUUGAAAGGUGGGCUUCCCGAGACACUGGCAGUGGGGGUGGAAGAAGUGAAGAGAUGGAGUCAAGCGGGGAUUGUGAUGAUGAGGAUGGCUGUCACGGAUCUGGUGAUAGAAUUCACUCAGCAGAUGUACUCAAGGACAAGAAAACCCAUCCAGAAAACAGGAACGAACCAAAACCAACUGUGAAAAAGAUUGACACCACAACCACCACAAGCACUGUCAAGUCAUCCUCUAAACACACUGUAACUGGGCAGGGGAGCAGCCCAGCCCCGAGCUCCUCACUUUGCGUUUUAACGGCACUAGCAGUCCUGUGGCGUGCUCCGCUGUAGCCGCGUUGCGUUGCGGCCGCUGUUCAAACGUUUCUGUUCACUGUCAUUUAUACCUGCAGCCUUACCCAAUCGAAAGCAAAGUUAAAUGGCUCUCUAGCUUAUGUGAUAUGUUAAAAUAAAUAUUAAGCAGUGUGCUGGGAUUGGCAGAUAGGAAGCACCACCACUUACAAUGUCUGAGGACAGGCUUUGACAAGCCCGCCUGAGAUGCAAGGGGAAUGACGACAAAGGUCUGAGUUGCUUAAGUUAUUGGGUAGAAAAGUUAGAGAACACAGGAAUUGUAAAUGUGCGUGUUACCAUUUUUCUCAGUUUCGUUCACUGGAUAAUCUGAUUGUCUGGUUUUGUGUUUUUUAUUUUUUCCUGAUUAAAUGUGUGAUUAGCCUUCAAUUUAAGGCAAUACACACAUUAUUUUUCUAGUGAACAGCUAAUAACCUGUGUCUACAGUAGUAAACUAUGUUUAAGUUAAGUACUCUGUACCAGCUUGAUGAAAUUCCUAAGUGGUCGAGAAGAUCAGAGCAUGUUUGAAGCUUCUUUUCACUCUUACUGUUUAGACUGUAGAAAGCUACAUAAAAGCAUAUGGUGUGUCUAAUAUACCAGUAUAGUUGCCUUAACCAUGGAAAAAAUUAGAAAUACUUAGUUAACUGAGGGACAUAGAGAGUGAGUUUCCCUGUCUCCCAAAAUGCCAUUAUCAUAUUCUUAAGCAUAUAUUCAAGGUUUACUGGAUGAAUGUCCUGCAAUGGGAAACAUAAACAUAGUAAUGUUUUAUCCUUUAGAAUGUAGAUCUCUAUGAAGAAAAAAGAAAAUCAGUUCAAACUUACUUUGCCUAUGUGAUGUUAAAGAGGAACUGCCUUCAAUUUUUCACGUAGGUCCCAGAGAAAAAAGUGGUUGGGAAUUCGUGUUAGACACAAAUCAGGUUUUGUGCGUUGUAAAUCUCUGAAUUGGUUUGUUUCACAAAUUGUGUAUUAUUUAAUUACAUUCAGUGUUUAGCAUCUUGUAUCACGAUAGGUAUAAAUGUAAAAAAUCUGAAAUCUAGAACAUUCUCUAUGUCUCGACUUCUAUCCUAGAAAAUAUCAAAAUGUGCAUUUUAUUA